AUGGAUAACUUGGAUGACCUGGCUGCUCAUCUUUUUCUCGAAGAGGUUGAUGAAGACGCUUUUUUAAUUCGCCCACUCAAUCAACCACAGCUUCUCCAAGAACUAGCAGAUCAAGAUCCAGCUCAUGCAGAGCAGGCAGCCGAACAGCUGAGACUGGACUUUGAAGAACACGUCAGAGUUCGUUUCCCUGGCGUAGACAAUCCGGAAAACCGUGAUGAAAUCAUUCAACGUUUGGUGGAAGGACUCCAAAUGAGAUUUAUGCACGAUAUUGCAAUGAAUGAAGCUCUUCAAAACAGAGAUCCACCUCCACAAAGGAAUGACAAUCAGGAAAGGGAUCCAGUACAACAAAGAGUUCCACCUCUGCCAGCACGACUACAUGCUCGGUUCUUCGGACGUCCUCAAGAACCGGAGGAGCGAGAAGCAAUUCGAUUACAAGAAGAAGCGCCAAGACCAGCCCCAGUGCCAAUGGAACAGGAGCAGCCGGAACAGCCAGAGCAGCAAGAUGAGCCAAUGGGAGUCCAAGUUCACCAAGGUGUGAAUGUAGUUCCACAGGGUCCAGCUCGCUAUCCUCUUCGAGUCCGACAGAUCAUCCACCUUCAAGUCUUGCCGUAUGACAACAGCAGAUAUAGCGAGGUCGUUCUCCUCCGAAGUGGGAUGAUCGAGAUGUAUUUCUCCCGUUGGAAGAGAACCGGAGAGCUGAAGCCGAUAGUAGAAGCAAUACGAUUGCCAGUAUCGGAAAAACUAAUCCUCCCUGAUGGUUGCACCACAAACGUCGGACUAUGGACGACGGAAAACAUCAACCAAUGGAUGACCAACUUCAUCGAACACCCGGUAGACCAGGAGAUCAUCCGGAGGCAUCGUCUCACCGGUCUCAACUGCUUCCACUUCCUCCGUCCGUAUGCUCGAAUCGACCGGUACAUCAUGCGGACACCACUCCGUGAAGAGCGCAUCCGUGUCUUCCCACCACCAGCGCCAGAGGAUCCAGCUACUCCUCCGAUUCCGGAGUACGCUGUACGGCUUCUAAAGGCUUAUUAUAACAAGGCUUAUAAUCUAUAUAAUGGCCAUAGACGUUGA